CCUCCUGCUACAAGAAUGAAGACGGCAUCAACAUCCUUCAAGAUAAACGACAGGAAACAGCUGAUCCAGCUCGGUCCUUCACUCACUCGUCUUCAUCAAAUCAAGAUGAGAACAUUAUUGUUGUUGUUUCUCUUCUGUCACGUUUCAUCACCAGUGCUACACUCCCUGAAGUAUUUCCAAACUACAUCAACUGGAAUCCCAAACUUCCCAAGAUUUGUGGGAACACUGGAGAUUGAUGAACUUCUGUGGGGGUACUGUGACAGCAAAGGAACACUGGAUGUAAAGGACAUUGCUAAAUCAUUCUUCAUAAAGUAUCCUGAGCGGUUGGAGUUUUACAGACAAAACUGUUUCCACUUUUUGCCAAAUGAAGCCUACAUAAACAUUUUGAUGAGUCUCUUCCACCAAACUGGAGGUGUCCAUGUUUUACAGAAGGUGGAGGGCUGUGAGUGGGAUGAUGAGACUGAUGAGGUCAAAGGUUUCACACAGUUUGGUUAUGAUGGAGAAGACUUUGAGGAAUUUGAUCUGAAUACAUUAACAUGGAUCCCUCUUAGACCUGAGGCUGUCCCAUUGCAUAACAGCCAUGAAGAUUUAGGAACUAAGACUGAUUUGACUCAGAUUUUUCCGGCGCGCCUGAAGCAGUAUGUGGAGUAUGGGAGGAGCUCUCUGCUGAGAACAGAGCUUCCCUCAGUGUCUCUCCUCCAGAAGACUCCCUCCUCUCCAGUCAGCUGCCUCGCUACAGGUUUCUACCCUCACAGAGCCUCACUCUUCUGGAGGAAAGAUGGAGAGGAGCUUCAUGAGGAGGUGGACCACGGAGAGAUCCUCCCCAACCACGAUGGAACCUUCCAGAUGAGUGUUGACCUGAAACUUUCAUCAGUCACACCUGAAGACUGGACCAGGUACGACUGUGUGUUUCAGCUCUAUGGUGUGAAGGAGGACAUCAUCACUAAACUGGAGAAAGAUCGGAUCAGGACAAAUGAAGGGAAGGUGAAGCCCAGUAACAUGACCGUCCUCGUCACUGCUGCAGUGGUUGUUCUUGCUCUCAUUCUCAUCAGUGCUGCUGGAUUCAUCGUUUACAAAAAGAAGAAAGCCAUCAGCCCUCCAUCUUCUCCUGACAACAGCACAGAGCUCUCUGAGCCGCUGAAACCAGAGACCUGAAUGACAAACACACUCAGUGAAUCUCCUGGUGACACUUUAUUUAGCUUUGAUGAACCAAAAGACAGUAAACCAGGAAAAAUGGCUUCUAGCCACAACAGUGAAGAAAUAUACAAAAAAAAAGGACUGGU